AUGGAAGACUUAAUUUCACUCGCUUUCACCACCACCACCACCAGCGGGCAUCGCCCCCAAACCACAACCACCACCACCGCAGCCAUCAUUAGCGGCAGCCAGGCUGGCCAGUCAGCCCAACCCUCCUCAUCCUCCCUUCCCUACUCUCCUCCCACCUCCACACCCCGGGGAUCUGGGGACGCCCCUACCCCCACGGACGAACGCUUCGGAAACCGUCGAGACGGGGCGUUCUUCCCCAGAUACCGGGGUGUGUCUCGAGGUGCGGGAGAGGACAAUUUCCAUAAGGGUGAAUGGGGAGUUUGGGUUGCUGGUCUACACCUGGCUAUCGCUGAUGGUGACUGUGGUGGUGCUGGUUGUGGUGGCGAUGCUCGUGGUAGUGGUGGUGCGAUAUUAUCGAACACUGCUGUCAUAAAGUGA